CAGAUAAACCUGAAUUUCAGGCUGUUUGGAAUCAGCUGCUCUCAAAGACAAUCCAGCAAGCAUGUCGACAUGCACAUUAUUCACCCGCCAAUGGCCUCGUCGCCUACGCUGUUCCACGUCGCGCAUCUCCCUUAAAAGCGUUAACCGUCCGGCGCUCCAGUCACGCCCAACCCUUCGUCGCGCAUACGCCUCUAUCUCCGCCGCAGAUCUUAAAUUCGGCCAACCAUUACACGAGACACAUCCUCAUAUACUCAAUCCUGGAGAACUAACACCUGGGAUCACUGCGCUCGAGUAUGCUCAUCGUCGUUCGCGACUCGCAAACCGACUACCAAAACAUGCAAUUGCGGUGUUGAGCGCUGCGGAGGUCACAUAUCGCGCGUCGGGUAUCUUUAACGAAUACCGACAAGACUCCAACUUCUUUUACCUCACAGGUUUUGAUGAACCCAAUGCGCUGGCUAUAAUUGGAAAUGAUGGCUCCGGAGAUAAUCACCUUUUUCACCUCUAUGUGCGGGAGAAAGAUGCGAAAGCUGAGCUUUGGGAUGGAGCUCGAUCAGGCACGCGCGCUGCAAUUGAUGUCUUUAAUGCUGAUGAAACAGGUGAUAUAGAACGCAUUGGGGAUAUACUCCCCCCUAUUCUUUCUGGUGCUACGGAGAUCUUUACGGACAUCCCGGCAUUUAAUCCGGGUAGAUCCUCCUUGCAUCGAUACCUAUACGGACCCUCCGGUACAUCUGAGCAGCUGAAAAAGAUCGUUGACCACAGUAAGGUCAAGCCGUUACGACACAUCUUGAAUGAAAUGAGAGUGUUCAAGAGCGAGGACGAAGUUGUGCAGUUGCGUCGAGUCGGCCAGGCUUCUGGAAGAGCUUUCACGGAAUCCAUGAGGCAAACGUUUACCCGAGAGAAGGACCUAACAUCAUUUUUGGAGUACAAUCUCAAAGUAAAGGGCUGCGACACAAGUGCCUUUGUGCCUGUUGUUGCUGGCGGUUCUAAUGCUUUAAGCAUCCAUUACACGAGAAAUGAUGACGUCUUGAGGGAUGGAGACAUGGUACUGGUCGAUGGGGGUGGAGAAAUGGGAACUUACAUCUCUGACAUUACGAGAACCUGGCCCGUUAACGGCAAGUUCUCCGAUCCUCAGCGCGACUUGUAUAAUGCAGUUUUAAACGUGCAGCGUACUUGUGUGUCCCUUUGCAGGGAGAACGCAAACGUUUCUCUGGACAAACUGCACACAAUCGCAGAGAACGGUCUUCGAGAUGAGCUGCAACAGCUCGGGUUUGAUGUUUCAGGAAGUACAAUGGGGAUUCUGUUCCCUCACCAUUUGGGCCACUACGUAGGGCUGGACGUCCAUGACUGUCCCGGUUAUUCUCGUGGUUAUAACUUGAAGGCCAGCCAAUGUAUUACUAUCGAGCCCGGUAUUUACGUUCCCGACAGUGACAGAUUUCCUGAGAAGUUCCGGGGCAUCGGAAUCCGUAUCGAGGACAGCGUCUGUGUUGGGGACGAGAAUCCUAUUGUGCUUACCACCGAGGCAGUGAAGGAAGUUGACGAUAUCGAAGCCCUUCGGGGAUAAAGUGAGUAGGAAACUGUACUGGAUAGAUACCCACUGUAUAUGAAUGUAUGUACCAUAGGAGUGACCUAGCAUAAAGGGGAGUUGUAGAGUAUGAAAAUAGCUGCUCUUACCUUUGGC